UAAGUCGGUGUCUGCGGCCCCAGCCCGCCCCUCACGGUGCCAUAAUUAGACGCUCAUUCCUCCAGUCACGCUGCAACUGCGACUCACUCAACUCCAUCACAUCCUCGGGGUUCAGUCUGGCUUGUUGUAAAGGAACACUGCGGUUUAUUCACACAUCCUGCAGAGUAACCAAGAUCGGUCAGAGCUCGAAGCUUUUCGGACACCUUCAUUUUUUCAAGUUUUCAGCUCGUUUUUCAUUCAAUGGGUCCGUGUGUAGUGCUGCUGUGCUCCCUCUUCGGAGUUCUCUUUGCCCAAGGACCGAUCUCGAUGGAGGACUGCUGUAAAGAUGGCCAGAAGCGUGGAAAUGAUAAUGAAGACUGUGCUUCCCUCCCUCUCAUCUCUGAGUCGACCACAUGCAGGAUAGUACAGGAGCAGUGCUGUGUAACAGUGCUUGAAGACAACAUGUGUACCACCGGUAUCAACACGGCCAAAGACCAAGGAGCCUGCGACUCUUUGUUCACCAACACAUGCGAGACCAAGACUACAAAGAUGUGCUGUGACUGCUGUCUUCUGGGGAAAGCAGCCCAGGAGAAGGGCCUAUCUUGUGAUGCAAACCUGUCUAUGGGCUACCAGUGCGUCCUGGUGCACCGAGCCUGCUGCGCUGAUGGAGCACCAGACAACCAGACUUCAUCCACAGGACAAACUGAAUUACCGAACAAGGACGAAACCAACGAAAAUGGUGAUAAUUCCGUACUAAGUGAUCAGUGCAAAGGGACAUGUGCUCAUCGCUGUGUGGGCAAUGACACGUGUGCUUGUUUCAAAGGCUACAAACUCAAACCAGAUGGAAAGAGCUGUGAGGACAUCAACGAGUGUUUGCUGGGAUCCAGCAACUGUCGGGGAGGAGAGCGCUGUAUCAACACGGAGGGCUCAUUCCGUUGCCAGAGAGAGGUCAGCUGUGGGACUGGCUAUGAACUCACCGACAACAACAAUUGCAAAGAUAUUGAUGAGUGUGAGACCGGUAUCCAUAACUGUGGCCCAGAGUUUGAGUGUCAAAACACCCAGGGGUCAUUCCGUUGUCUCCCCAAGGUCAAAUGUGGGGCCGGCUUUAUCCAGGAUGCCCUCGGAAACUGCAUUGAUAUUAACGAAUGCAUCAGCCAGACGGGCCCAUGUCAGAGAGGGCAGGUUUGCAUCAACACAGUUGGCUCCUACAUUUGCCAGAGGAACUCUGCUAACUGUGGUCGAGGAUACCACCUCAACCCGGAGGGCACAGGCUGCGUUGAUAUCGAUGAGUGUAAGGGCCCUGAAAAUGUCUGUGGAGGUCAUGGUUGUAUCAACUUUCUGGGCUCCUACCGCUGUGAGUGUGAAGGUGGCUACAUCUUCAACAGCAUCAGUCGGGUUUGCGAGGAUAUUAAUGAAUGCAGGCACUACCCUGGCCGCCUGUGUGCACAUAAGUGUGAGAACACUUUGGGGUCCUACAAGUGUAGUUGCACCACCGGCUUCAAGCUAGCCGGUGAUGGCAGGAAUUGUGACGAUGUGAAUGAGUGUGAGAGCAACCCAUGCAGUCAAGAGUGUGCCAACGUGUACGGCUCCUACCAGUGUUACUGUCGCCGUGGCUACCAGCUCAGCGAUAUAGAUGGCGUGACCUGUGAAGAUAUGGAUGAGUGUGCGCUACCCACUGGAGGUCAUAUUUGCGCCUAUCGCUGUCACAACACACCUGGCAGCUUCCACUGUUCCUGCCCCGUCAAUACCUACACUGUGGCGCCAAAUGGACGCAGCUGCCAGGAUAUUGAUGAAUGCGUGACGGGAACACACACGUGCUUGGAGAAUCAGAGCUGCUUUAAUAUUCAGGGAGGAUUCAGAUGCCUGUCCUUCGACUGUCCAAACAACUACCGACGCGUUGGGCAGGCUCGAUGCGAACGCUUGCUUUGCAAUGAGUCUGUCGAGUGCCUGGCCAUGCCCCUGAGAAUAACCUACUACUACCUCACCUUGCCCACCAACAUCCCCGUCUUCACCAACAUCUUCCGCAUGGGCCCCUCCCACAUCAUGGCUGGGGAUGACAUCCAGAUUGCCAUCAUCGCUGGCAAUGAGGGCGGUUUCUUCAGGACGGAGCGAGUGCCCACGGGUGGCGUGAUGUCGGUGGCAAAGCUCAUCAACACGCCACAGGACUUUGAGCUGUCUCUGGAGCUAAGGCUGCGUCGCCACGGGACGCUCAGCACGUACCUGGCUAAAGUGCUGGUGUUUGUUACCCAGGAAGAGCCCAGAGUACCUUACAAUCCCCUACUAGAAUAAAAGAGUUAUGUAGGGUUACACAAGUUACUGCACUCUUUAAAAGGAUGUGUCAUUUUAUAUGCAUUGUCCUAUAGAGUUCAACCUAACACAAAAUGGAGGCAAGGUGACCACAAAAUGUGUUGAUAACAAUACUGUACUGUAUGUUGCAAUAUGUAAAUGGUUGUUAUAAAGCCAGUAUUCAUAUUUAUAACCAAAGAUCAUUUAUGUUUCUUUCAUUCAUUGGCAAUUCAAAUACAGAAAUGUAUUUAACAAAAUGGACUUAUAAAGGCAGACAUUGUGACCGAGUGCUGCAUAUUCUUAAAUAAAGUUCAAAACUUGGAGAAGUUAGAUGAGAAGAUUGAUGCCACUCAAUGACCAUAUGUGAAAUAUGAAGCUACCACCAGCUACUGGCCAACUUAGUUUAACAUAAAGUUUGGAAACAGCAUUGUCCAAAGGUAUUAGAAUCAGCCUACCAGCACCUCUAAAGCUCAAUGAUUAACAUGUUGUAUCUAAACAAAGUGUAAAAACGAUAAAUUGUGGUUUUAUGUGGUUAUGUGCCAGACUAUUUCUUGGCUGAGUGAACUUUGCUGGAGUCUCUGCAGGUGACCUCAUCCAAACUCCAGGAGUUUUUGUAGUUUCUGAGUGGCAUUGAUGCUCUCAUCUAACUCUCAGCAAGAAGACGAUUGUGUGUUUUUCCAAGAGUAUUUUUUAAAAUGCUAAAUUAUUUUCGAUUUUCAAUAUAACAAAUUACUACAAACCAACAGACGCAAUUAUUCUGGGACUUUAAGGGUCACUGGUGGUCCAGGACCCUGGGGCAGCUGCCCCCUUUGUCCUAUCAGUUAUUCAGCCUUGUCUCUAUUACGUUACUUUUUUUUUUGUAACAGAUUAACAAAAAGAUGACACAUCAUUUUUAAGAGUGGAUAUGAAUAAACAAGAUAGCACCCAAAAUCAGAUUAAAAAGCAGUUUCUUUGUACUGUAGCAUUUUACAUAAUCAAUUUUUAACACUAGAAUCGAGCAUGAUUGUUCAGCAGUAUAAAUUAGGUCCAACUGAAUGUAUCUUCUUGGAGGUGAGGCAUUGUGGUUGCCUCUAGGUGGCGUUCUAGGUCAGGGUAAAUAAUAAAAUGGUAAGGACCCAAGUCUGCCUACGACCGAGUGUAAUUCGAUGAUGCUUGCAUGAUAAAGUCUGACGUUUUGCAGUUUUUUAUGGUUUAUAUGUUGGAUGAACAGUUUUCUAUUAAAAUUGAAAUAGAAAUAACA